AGCCGUUUGCGCCUCGAGGCCUCGCUCCGGGGUCAGCUCCGCGCGGCGCCACCGGGCGAGGUCAGAACCACCCCCCGCGCCCCGGCCCGCGAGAGACCAUGGACGCUGCUGCCAAGGCGGCGCAGGGCGUGGCCGAGGCCCUGACUCCCCGCUUCCGCCGUGCCCCGAGCGCGGCCCCCCCCGGCGGCAAGGAGGAGUGCUCGCCCAAGGCGUUUUGGCAGGCCACGGUGGCCAACGGCGCCACGGCCAGGUCCUUUUGGGAUGCCGCGCCUGCCGCCGGGGGCCACGGGUGCGACAGCCUGGCGCAGCACCUCGCCCUCCCGGUCUGCGCCUUCGCGGGCGGCCCGCCCGUGGCGCGGCACCUCGGGGCGGCCUGCCGGGCCUUCCACCAGGCCGUCGGGGAGGCCUUCGGCGACAUCGUCCGACGCUUCCCGCCCAGGCUCUACGUCGUUGGCGGCCUCGACUCCGGCUACAGGCCGGUGGCCACCGCGGCCAGGUACGACCCGCAGACUGGCGCCUGGGAGGAGCUGCCGCCGCUGACCGGCCCGCGGGCUGGGCCGUGCGCCGCGAGCGCGGCCGGGCGGCUGUACGCGCUGGGCGGCGAGGUGGCCGGCCGCGCGCUCGCAGACGCCCAGCGCUUCGACCCGUGGACGAACCGCUGGGAGACGCUGGCGCCGAUGCUCGAGGGCCGCAUCCGCGCGGCGGCGGCCUUCUGCGGGGGCCACCUGUACGUGAUGGGCGGCCUGGACGGCUCGCGCCCCCUCCAGUCCGUGGAGCGCUACAACGCCAAGACGGGAGAGUGGGAGGCCAUGCCGCCGAUGUGCCGGCCCCGGUACGCGUGCGCGGUGGCGGUCCAGGACGGGCGGAUCCUGGUGUUCGGGGGCGAGCUGGCCGGCGCGGGCAACGCCGCCUCCAUGGAGCGCUACGACCCCGCCCUGCGCGCCUGGGAGCUGCUGCCCCCGGUGCGCGCCCCCUGCUGCGGCUCGGCCGUGGCGCUGGACUCGGCGGGCCGACUCGCCUUCAACCUCGGCGGCCUCGGGCUGAACGGCCAGGCGCUCACCGCGGCCGAGGGCCUGGAGCUGGAGCCCGUGCUGUCCGCGGAGGGCCCGGCAGGCCCCGAGGCCUCGGCCUGGGAGCCGUUGCCGGCCAUGCCGACGCCGCGCCACCUCGCGUCGGCGGCGGCGUUCCGCGACGGGGCCGUGGUCGUAGGCGGCGGCGGCCUGGACGCCCCCUCCUUGGCCAAGGCGGCAAGGGUGCCGAUUUCGAGGCGGCCCGCGAGGUGGACUUCUACGACCCCGACCUCGGGCGCUGGGAGGCACUGCCUCCGCUGCCCAGCCCGCGCCUCCGCGCGGCCCUGGCCAGCGGGAGCGACGUCGCCUGCGCGCCGCGCUCCACACUGGAGUGGGAGGGCAGACUCAAGAAGGACCCGCUGCGAGUGCGGAGCAGUCGUUGGGUAGUGGUCCUGUCGGCGUGCAGCCGCCAUGUCCAGCUCAACGGCACCCUUUGGAACAGGCGGCCGUCGGGAAGGCUGCCGAGUACGGUAAUGAAGGAGCAGGCGAGCAAGGCCAACAACGACAGUUUCAGCUUGAUGGGGCCAAGGGCCGCUUGCCGCGCGGGCAAAAAACUGCAGGAGUCCAGCCAGUUGCCGCGGUACUUCCAGGGGGAGUAUAAAGCUUGGCAGCGCCAGCCUGCAGCCAAGGCGCCCAUCAGGAUAUCCACGCAGGAAGUGCUCCAAUUUGGAAGCAACAUCCAGUUCAUGGUCGAACAUCUAUCGCUCUGUCACGCGCAGCUCGAGGCCGAGCCCGCCCUCAGGCGGCUGUGCGAGACGGGGCUGCUGAAGGAGCGGCCCCCGUGGCUGGAGUGGUGCGAGCGGGUACCGCCCCUCGAGAACCACGGCCUCGGCUUCCAGGCCCGGACGAUCCGCAACCCGUACCCGCAGAUGGUGAAUUAUUUGCUGAAGAAGCACCCGGACCUGCGCUUCCAGGACCCCGGCGCGGGGGACGUGGCGGGGUUCAACCGAGGGAGGCUCGCGAGGGUCUGGAGCAGGGCGCUGCAGUCUCCUCCCUGGCUCCGCCUCGCGAGGACCAUCUUCGCGAAGUCUGGCCUGAGAGGCCACGUGGGCCUGCCGUCUGAGCCAAGCAGGGUGAAGGGGCUGAACUUCCUGCUAGUUGGCACCGGAAACGGGGCCUCACCGGUAGAGAGAGGCAUGGUCUCCGCUGUGCUCCGCUCCCUGGCGCUCGUCGCGGGCGCCCAGGUCCCCGCCUCCGCGAUCCACGUCCUGGAGGGGGGGCCCCGUGCCUCGGACGUCGCCGCCGUGGAGUCGCUCUCCUUCGAGGGCUUCGCCGCGAAGUUCAACCGCUCCUACGCGGCGGGCAGCGCGGAGUGGGCCAAGAGGGCGGAGGUGCUGGCCUUCCUGCGCGGCCCGCCGCAGCCGUGGGCCAUGGGCAUCACGCAGUUCGCCGACUACUCGGCGGCCGAAUACCAGGCCAUCCUGGGCUACAAGGGGCGCCGCGGCGGCACCGGCGACGGGGAACGCGCCGCCCUCGCCCGCGAGCGCACCUGGUCGUACCCGCCCGCCUUCUCCGUGAGGGGCGACGGCAGCAAGCUGAACGACCUCGUGCGCGACCAAGGCUCCUGCGGCUCGUGCUGGGCCGAGGCCGCCACGGCCGCGCUGGAGGGCCAGAUGGAGGCCAACAAGACGAUGAUGAGCCACCUGCGCGGGGUCCUCGACAAGAUGGGCAAGACCUCGCAGAAGCCGACGCUGUCCUCGCAGGCGAUGGUGUCCUGCACGAAGAACCCGCGGAACUGCGGCGGCUCGGGCGGCUGCGAGGGAGCCACCGUGGAGCUCGCGUACGAGAUGGUGAAGGAGCAGGGGGGCAUUCCGAUGGCCGUCGAGUGGGGCUACGUGUCCGGCUUCGGGUCCACCCCGGAGUGCAAUACAGACGUCUUCAAGAAGGCGUCGGUGGGCAUCACUGGAUACGAGACGCUCCCCUCCAACAAGCUGCACCCGCUCAUGCAGGCGCUCUACGAGUCAGGCGGCGCCAUCGCUGUGUCGGUGGACGCCACCCACUGGUCCAUGUACAUGGGGGGCAUUUUCAGCGACACCAGUGGCAUGCGCAAGGGCGACUUCACCGUCAACCACGCCGUCACGCUGGUGGCCUACAAGGUUCCCAAGAAGGGGAACGCCGUGCCCGCGCCGAGCUCCCAGUCUUCCGGCUUCAGGUCGGAGGCCCAGAUGGGAUAUUGGUUGAUAAAGAAUUCGUGGGGCACCUCCUGGGGCGAGGACGGCUUCAUCCGCCUGGAAAUGAAGGAGAACGAGGCCGAGCACUGCGGCAUGGACACCAAGACCCACGAGGGGCUCGCGUGCGACGGCGACCCCGACGAGGCCUGGGUGUGCGGCACCUGCGGCGUGCUGUACGACUCUGUCUACCCGACCGGCGUGCACCUGGUUGACCCCGCGUGA